CGUCCAAGAACCCAAAAGGGUCUCAAACCUUGCUGUUCAGGAAAAGACUCUCAGCAAAAUGGUGAUUCCAACAACAAUAAAAACCCAGUUCUCACUGCAGUUUGGCUUUUGUGCCAAAUCUGGCUGGAGCUCCGCCGAUUUUUGAAUGAGUUGGUUCAACUGAUUAGCUGGUCCAGAUAAGAAGACACUAAGCAGCAGUAGCACGAGAGCUGGAUCGAAAGAGCUCGUGUGAUGGAAAAAAGAACCAAAAUUGCAAUUAGAGUGUGUUAUCGGGAGAAAACAGCACACAUAAAUAAUAUUCGUGGUGAUAAGUUCUCAACUGAUUGGGACAAGGCCUGGUCAAGCUUCAGGAAGCAAAGCAAAAAGAACUUCUUCUCGCAAUUCUCUCCAAACAAGUACGUAACAUGGAAUCCUAAGCGUUCCGAAUAUCCUCUGUCCGAAGAAGUUGACCCUAUUAAAAGAGCAGAGAAGUCAAACCUUAUGCUAUGGACAAGUCCACAGUUCACUCUUGUUGGAGCAAUUAUUAUAGUUACAUUUCUUUUGGUCUAUUCCAUUCUUGCUAUAACAAAAUGAGCUUUCAGAAUGUGUCUGUUCAUGCCCUCUUGUAAAGAUUGCUCAUUGUUAAAGUUUAGACCAAUGCAGAUCUACAUCUGUAGAUGAAAAGAUUGAAAUGUAUUUUAGUCUAAUCCUUUCUAAUUGUAUAAAGUAUGUAAAGUUGUAUCAUGAAGAAAAUGUUAGUCUGCUUGUUAUACCAAAGGGCAGCCCGA